CAGCUUCCAAAUCGAUGUUAGUAUCCUUGCAUAUGCAUGAGGAAACAUGCAGCAAGGCUUCAGACCUAGCUAUCAAAUCACUGCACCCUCAGCAUCAGCAAUGGCUGUGAGAGGGUUCAGGUUUGGCCCCUGGGGGGGCACCAUGGCCCUGGCACUGACCCAUCAGGGUCUCCCACAGCAUUUCACCUUGCACAGGUGAUCCUGGGGGAACACAGAUUUUACUCACAGGUCAUCUCAAGCAGCUGUGCAAAUUAGUAUCUGCUGAGAGUUCACUCCCCAUCAGGCUAAAAGGCACCUUUCCCUGUGAGCUUUUCCUACUUUUCUCUGGGGAUGGCACUGGAUCCCUGCUUUGCUCUCAUGCAGGUCAGUGGUCUCUCUUGCUUGGCAGCAGCAGCAAGAGCCUCACAGUUUCUUGCCUCUGUUUGAUAUCUUUUUCAGGGGAGACCAAGCAGCUGCUGUUUUUUUUUUUCCUGUCCUUGUCAUGUUUGUUAUGGAUUGUUAAUGCUCCCACUAUGCCCUGCUUGACACACUAAAAGGAGCUCAUCUUCAGUAGAUGCUGAAGUAACAACCUCCAAAGAGUGUCAAGCCAGCCUUAAAAAGCACUUUAAAACACUCAAUAUUGGGAGUUACUUCUAAAAAUUUUGUUGUCAGGUGGUUGGCCCAGAGUUGUGCCAGGUGGCAAGUCAAGGUGGGAGCCUGGUGUGUGUUUCUGAAUGACUGGUGGUACCAUUCCAGAAAGCUCUGCUCUGACCCUGGGAUUCAGGAUGUCUGUUGUGACCCCACCACGAUGCCUGUGACAAUGCAGCUUCCUUGGAGCAUUUCUUGACUGUUUUGUUCUCAGGAUUGUCUGCUGUGUGUUGCCUCCAGCACUGAAAUCGCAGGGAGGGCAGUGGAUAGGGAUUCCUCUCUGCAGUGUGCUUUCUAGUACAGUAUCACUGCUGACACCUGCAGUAGCAGCCAGCUGAAGACUAAUGGUUUCCUGCAUCUACUUUUAGCAUUGUCUGCUGCUAUUGUUCACUUUUUGGAAAGAUUCAGCAGCUGGGAAUCACUUCAGAGAGUCUGCCUUGCCAGAUCCAGGGAUGUGAGUCCCACUUUGCCAUUGCCAGGCAGCUUUUAAUGGCUAGAUAUAAAUGCUUUUCUCACCCAAGAGAGAAGUCGCAGAUGGUAUUUGAGGAACGCUGGAGAUGAUAGGCUUAGGCGGACACUUGUAUGGCCCUUAUGCUCUCAGAGUGCCCGAAUCUGCAGAGGGAGAGAUUUGUUGACAUUGGUGGUUACAUCAGAGCUGGAGUCAGCCACGUGGCGCCUGUUCAAGCGGGAUGCAGCGUGUUGCUGUAUCCCCACGCGGCUCCGAGCGCUGAGCUAAGGAAGCGCCGGCUGGCAGGAGGCAGCUGCUCCUGAGCCCGCUCCAGCAGCAGGCAGUAAUGAGGAGAGUCACUAUCUCUUCCUCCUCCUAUACCGAACAACAAAAUCAAACUUGUCGCUGCUUGUGCCUAAUGUUUUGGGAAACAUGCUUAAUUGAGAGGUUUGGAAGGAAAAUUCCUGAGAUUAUCCCCCGAGCAGCAUUUUUCCGGCCAUGUGUUAGUCAGAGCUGAAUCAGAGGAGUCGGAUCCUCUUGGUCCUCUUGGCUCUCAGCCUUUCCAACCCAAGUGCCAGUUAAUACUAACAUUGCAAUGAACUUGGGCUCGCUGCGAGCCGAAUCAAACACCCUACCUCAGUCACAAAAUAAGCAGGAUAUUCUUUGGACUGUGGCAGAUCAGACACUGCGAAAACAUCGGAGCCUUGGCACACAGCUGAUACCUCCAAAAAUGGCACUUUUUUCCAGUGUCUGAUUGCUUGUUUUGAUCUCUGCUGAUGAAGAUGGAUGCAGAAGCUGUCCCUGGUGAGCAACUGGGGAUAUAAAACCAGAAGCCAUUUUGCACAACCUGAUGGUAUCCACCCAGAGAACUGAAAAUCCUGAACAAUGGCUCUACCUACCUCCAAGUACCUGGCUGGAAAGUUCAUUUAUUUUCUGUUUGUAAUCUCUUCAGUACGCACAGCAGAAGCAGCUGUCACAUGUCCUGACAGAGAUCCUGAGUUAGAAAACUGGAACCCAGGCCACAAUGAAGAGCACCGUGUUGAAAUCAGUAAUGGCAGGAAGCUCCUUCUCUCCUCUUCUGCGACUGUCCACUCUAUCCACAUCACCGAUGGAGGAAAACUGGUCAUUAAAGACAAUGUGCAGCCAAUCACUCUGCGUACCAGACACAUACUCAUUGAAAAUGAUGGAGAGUUACACAUUGGCAGUGAGCUGUGCCCUUACCAAGGCAAUGUGGAUAUCAUCUUAUAUGGGCGAGCGGACGACGGCAGCCAGCCAGAUCCCUACUUUGGACAGAAGUAUCUUGGAGUGGGUAAAGGUGGCACUCUUGAGAUCCACGGAAAGAAAAAGCUGUCCUGGACCUUCUUAAACAAGACUCUCCAUCCCGGUGGCAUGGAAGAAGGUGGAUAUUACUUUGAAAGGAGCUGGGGCCAUCGGGGUGUCAUUGUCCACGUUAUUGACCCGAAGACGGGGGCAGUUGUCCAUUCAGAUCGGUUUGAUACCUACAGAGCAAAAGAGGAAAGUAUCCGUCUUGCCCAGUAUUUGGGCAGAGUUGCAAAUGGCAUGAUCCUGUCGGUUGCAGUGAACGAUGAAGGAUCCAGAAACUUGGAUGACUUGGCCAGGAAAGCAAUGACCAAACUGGGCAGCAAGCAUUUCCUCCACCUUGGGUUUAGGCACCCAUGGAGUUUUAUUACCAUUAAAGGAAAUCCCUCCUCUUCUGUUGAAGACCACAUUGAGUAUCAAGGUCACAGAGGGUCAGCUGUUGCCAAAGUAUUCAAACUAUUCAAAGCUGAAAAUGGAGAACAUUUUAACGUCUCUUCGACCAGUGAGUGGGUUCAAGAUGUAGAAUGGACAGAGUGGUUUGAGAAGCCUAACAAAGCAAGAUCUAAGGACAUGGAGAAGCUGUCUGACUUCAAAGCUGCUCAUCCUGAUAAAAUCUGUAGGCAGCCCAUUGACAUCCAGGCAAUGACGCUCGAUGGGGCUGAUUUAACAACGGAGGUUUUCUACAAGAGUGGCCACGAUUACCGGUUUGUUUGCCACGGCAAGGGCCAGACAGGCGAGGGUUGCCAGAACUACAGAGUACGGUUCCUGUGCGGCAGAUCUGUGAAACCAAAGCUCACAGUAACCAUUGACACCAAUGUGAACAGCACAGUCCUGAAUCUGGUGGAUGACGUGAGUUCAUGGAAACCUGGAGACAGGCUGGUGGUGGCAAGCACUGAUUACUCCAUGUACCAGGCAGAGGAGUUCCAAGUACUGCCGUGCAGCACCUGCAGACCCAACCAGGUCAAGGUAGCAGGAAAAGCCACCUACCUCCACACCGGGGAAGUCAUUGACGGUGUCGACAUGCGGGCAGAGGUGGGGCUGCUGAGCCGCAACAUCGUCGUGAUGGGCGAGAUGGAGGAGCAGUGCUAUGAGUACAGCAGCAAGUUAUGCUCCUUCUUUGAUUUCGACACCUUUGGGGGACACAUCAAGAUUGGUCUAGAUUUCAAGGCUACCCAUAUUGAAGGUCUAGAACUGAAGUACAUGGGCCAGCAGACAAUGGGACAUUACCCAAUUCAUUUCCAUAUGGCUGGAGAUGUGGAUGAGAAAGGAGGCUACAACCCUCCAACGUAUGUGAAGGACACCUCCAUCCACCAUACCUUCUCCCGCUGCGUCACAGUCCACGGAUCCAAUGGUUUGCUGGUGAAGGAUGUGGUGGGUUAUGAUGCACUGGGCCAUUGCUUUUUUACGGAGGACGGACCAGAAGAGCGCAACACGUUCGAUCACUGCCUUGGGCUCCUUGUUAAACCCAGCACGCUGCUCCCCUCCGACAGGGACAGCAGGAUGUGCAAGCUGAUCACAGAGGGAGCUUACCCAGGGUACAUACCCAAACCCAGGCAGGACUGUAGUGCUGUAUCCACCUUCUGGAUAGCAAACCCACACAACAACCUUAUAAACUGUGCGGCUGCUGGAUCUGAGGAAACAGGCUUUUGGUUUGUUCUGCACCACGUGCCAACAGGGCCCUCAGCAGGCAUGUACUCCCCUGGCUACUCAGAACAUGUGCCGAUGGGGAAAUUCUCCAACAACCGUGCGCAUUCCAACUACCGGGCUGGAAUGAUCAUUGAUAAUGGCGUUAAAACCACUCCAGCCUCUGCCAAGGACAAAAGACCUAUCCUGACAAUGAUUUCUGGGAGGUACAGCCCACACAAGGAUGCUGAUCCUUUGAAGCCCAGGGAACCUGCGAUAAUCGAGCGCUUUAUUGCCUACAAGAAUCAGGAUCACGGGGCCUGGCUGCGAGGUGGAGAUGUGUGGCUGGACAACUGCCAGUUUGCUGACAAUGGCAUUGGGCUGACCUUGGCGAGUGGUGGGACCUUCCCUCAUGAUGAUGGCUCAAAGCAAGAGAUCAAGAACAGCCUGUUUGUUGGUGAGAGUGGAAACCUGGGCACUGAGACAAUGGACAAUGAGAUCUGGGGACCUGGAGGUCUGGAUCACAGAGGAAGGACCCUGCCCAUUGGCCAGGAUUUUCCCAUUCGAGGGAUUCAGUUCUACGACGGACCCAUCAACGUCCAGAACUGCACGUUCCGCAAGUUCGCGGCCCUGGAUGGUCGGCACACGAGCGCCUUGGCCUUCCGGCUCAACAACGCCUGGCAGAGCUGCCCCAACAACAACGUCACCGACAUCCACUUCGAAGAUGUGCCUAUUACCUCAAGAGUCUUCUUUGGAGAACCUGGCCCCUGGUUCAAUGAUCUGGAUAUGGAUGGUGAUAAAACAUCAGUUUUUCAUGACGUAGAUGGUUCUGUGUCAGAAUAUCCAGGCUCAUACCUGAUCAAAGAAGAUAACUGGUUAAUCAAGCACCCUGACUGCAUCGACGUGCCCGACUGGAGAGGUUCCAUCUGCAGUGGACACUUUGCACAGAUAUACAUCCAAGCCUACAAGCCAGCCAAUCUGAAAAUGAAAAUAAUAAAAAAUGACUACCACAAUCACCCACUCUACUUGGAAGGGGCUUUAAGCAAAAGCACUCAUUACCAGCAGUAUCAGCCAGUUAUAACUCUGAGGAAAGGCUAUACCAUCCACUGGGACAAGACAGCCCCUGAAGAGCUGGCCAUAUGGCUCAUCAACUUCAACAAGAACGACUGGAUCCAAGUAGGGUUUUGCUAUCCUAAAGGGACGACAUUUUCCAUUCUCUCAGACAUCCACAACCGUCUCUUGAAGAAAACAUACAAAACUGGAACCUUCUACAGAACCUCUCAAAUGGAGAAACUGGAGCACAGAUACCCUACCAAAGGAUACUACUACUGGGAUGAGCACACUGGGCUGCUGUUUCUGAAACUCAAAGCUCAAAAUGAGAAGGAGAAAUUUGCUUUCUGCUCUGUAAAGGGCUGUGAACGAAUAAGGAUCAAAGCUGUGAUCCCAGAGACAGCUGGUGUCAGUGACUGUGAAGCCAUGGCCUAUCCCAAGUACAUCGAGACACCGGUAGUGGAGGUGCCAAUGCCGAAGAAGCUCUCCAGUGCACAACUGAAAACCAAGGACCACCUAACAGAAGUGAAAAUAGAAACUUAUAAGAAACAGUAUUUCCACCUAAGGGAUGACUUUGCAUACAUUGAGGUUGACGGUGUCAGGUUUUUCCUCACCGAUGAGGGUAUCCAACUGGUUGUGAUUGAUGGACAUCAUGGAAAAGUUGUUGAUCGAGUAACAUUCAAAAACUCCAUUCUACAAGGAAUCCCAGCACAGAUAGAAAAUUAUGUCAACAACAUCAAAGAUCACUCCAUAGUGCUGGUGACAUCUAAAGGAAGAUUCAUUUCAAGAGGACCGUGGACUAAAGUACUGGAGAAACUUGGAGCAGAAGAGGGGGUUAGGUUAAAAGAAAAAAUGGCUUUUGUCGGCUUCAAAGGCAGCUUCCGCCCUGUCUGGGUGAAGCUGGUCACUAACGAGGACUCAGCUAAAAUCUACCAAGCACUGCCAAUCCCUGUGGUGAAGAAAAUGAAGUUGUGAGGACACCCUGCCGUGCCUCCUGGCUGCCAGCACUGCCCCAUGGGACGGACUACUGACCGCUCACCGCAGGCGCCUCGCCAGCCUGCACACCAGGUGUAGCAUUUUGUUGUUGUUGUUGCUGUUCAAAAAGAAAUCUCACUGUAAGUAGCUAGAGUGGCCACAUGUGACAGAAAAGCCUUCCUCUGUGACCAGCGUGUGUCCUGUGAUGGCCAGGCCCUGCCCGGCUGGGCUCACCCACCGAUACCGCGUCGACUCUCGUGUUACUAAGCAAGGUUUGACCUGUUUCUACCAGGUGCUGGUUUGAUCAGCACCCCUGUGACAGACUAACUUACGUGCUGCCUCUCCCAGGGAGAGUUCUAGGUCUAAAGGCCAUCGAGGAUUGUUGCUUUUACCAGCCUCUCAGUUGUCCGAACACUUUUUAUUUUCUGUAGUGCAACCAGCUGCUCACAUACACGUGGAAUGGCAGUUCAAAGGCUGGUUGGCAAUCUAAGGCAGAAAGAGUGUAUAUCUGAAUGAUUACCUAGAUGCUGGGAAAUGUGACUGGUCAGUAGGCAUUUAUCCUGAAGCUUCUGUGAGGUUUGAUCAAGCUCUUUGGGUUGUGUUUUGUACAUGCAACCCAAGGCACAUAGUUGGGGAAGAGAUGAGAAAAGGAGCAGACAAAACAUGCCAGUGGAGACUGAUGAAACCACAUAUUUCUGCUAGAAGGAGAGCAAUGUCAAUUAGCCUUUCCCGUACAACCUUUCCCCUCUGUAUAAUAAUGUUCAGGAUCAGUCUGGAGGGUUUAUUGUUGCCAGCUAAAGCCAUCCCGUUCAGGGCUUCCAGUUUUUAGCUAGGAAUACUGAGACUUACCUUAUUCGGCAUCAAGCAAUGUCCUCACCUUUCCCAGGACAUCAGAGGGAACAGGAUCAGAUUGCUCUGCUGUGUGUUGCUUUCUGAUCCUGUGCUCAGUCUUAAGGAUACUAUUGCCUUAGUCCUCCUGGAAGAGUUACAUGAGACCUGCAUGAAAGGUGACAGAGGUCUUAACCAGGUAGCUGAGGAAUUAAAGUGGGAAUCCCCAUGCACUAAUUGGAUGUCUCGUACCUCCCGGCCCCCUUCUUCAAACAAUUUCUGCAUAGUGAAGGCAGAUUAGUGUGAAUCAGGACUCUACAGGGGCAUCUCUUGAAGUGGGAAAGUAAACACUACCUUGUAAAACACUGAAAGCACUUCUAGUGUUUAAUAAUAUUUCUGUGUGUUGCUCAGAAAUGCCAUGAAGGCGUCACUGGAGGCUGUGGCUGUUCUGAGAAAUCUGAGGGCAGGGUGGAAGUGUAAAAGACAGGAUGAUGAGCUUUUCAAAGCACACGAAAUGAAAAUUUUUGCCAAUAAUACUUGGGUUUGUUUUCCCAUUUUGCCUGUCCCCAUUGCCACAUAAAUUAUUUUAGUUGCUGAUGGCUACUUCAUUUUGCUCUGUCUUAAGUAAAGUUUACGUAAUUAAAUUGCUUUUCCCCCACAGUAUCCAAAAUGCUACCUUGCAGCUAGACUGAAAAGCAAGGAUUUUGUGUGUCAUUCCAAAGGCUGGGCAGGUGCAGUACCCUAUAAGCCUGAUUUAGAUCAGUCACUCUGAAAGUCAAAGCAACCGUGAACAAAAUUUAGGUAGUCCUGUAAGUUACAUUCCUGUCAAGCCUCUCCUGGGUUUUGAAACUGGAAAUGUUCUUUUCAGUCUUAUUAUAUAAUUGUUUCACAUUCAUGGAAUGUCAUGUGUAUUGUAUUUGAAAAAAAAAAAAAAAAAAAGAAAAAGGAAGAGCCAAGUGUUCCCUCCCUGCUUC